AUGGAUGCCUCAGACCGGUGGGAGCUGUCGCCUUCGAGCAGCGCCGACGCCCCGCUGCACUACAAGGUCGUGAACACUGACAAGAAGCGCGUCGCCUACUUCUACGACUCCGACAUUGGCAACUAUGCCUACGUCACGGGUCAUCCCAUGAAGCCUCACCGAAUUCGGCUUGCCCACAGCCUGGUUAUGAACUAUGGCGUCUACAAGUUCCUUGAGGUCUACCGCGCCAAACCCGCCGUCUUCACUGAGAUGACCCAAUUCCACACGGACGAGUACAUCGAGUUCCUCCAGAGGGUCACCCCCGACAACAUGGAUGGCUACGUUAAAGAGCAGAGCAAGUACAAUGUCGGCGACGACUGCCCCGUUUUUGACGGCCUGUUCGAGUUCUGCGGUAUCAGCGCGGGCGGCAGCAUGGAGGGCGCCGCGCGCCUCAACCGCGCCAAGUGCGACAUCGCCGUCAACUGGGCCGGCGGCCUCCACCACGCCAAGAAGAGCGAAGCUAGCGGGUUCUGUUACGUCAACGACAUCGUUCUCGCCAUCAUUGAGCUGCUGCGUUUCAAGAAGCGGGUCCUGUACAUCGACAUCGACGUUCAUCACGGCGACGGCGUCGAGGAGGCUUUCUACACAACCGACCGUGUCAUGACAGUGUCGUUUCACAAGUAUGGAGAGUACUUCCCCGGAACCGGCGAGCUGCGCGACAUUGGAAUCGGCCCCGGAAAACACUACGCCGUCAACUUUCCUCUUAGGGAUGGCAUCGACGACGAUUCGUACAAGAAGAUCUUUGAGCCCGUUAUUGACGCCGUCAUGAAGUACUUCCAGCCCGAGGCAGUCGUCCUCCAAUGCGGCAGCGACAGUCUGUCCGGUGAUCGCUUGGGCUGCUUCAACCUGAGCAUGCGUGGUCACGCUAACUGCGUGGACUUUGUGCGCGGUUUUGGUCUGCCCACCCUGGUUCUCGGAGGGGGAGGAUAUACCAUGCGCAACGUGGCACGCACAUGGGCCUACGAGACAGGACGCUUGGUCGGCGUCGAAAUGUCGAGGGAGCUGCCGUACAACGAGUACUACGAAUAUUACGGCCCGGAUUACGAGCUGGAUGUUCGCGCGUCUAACAUGGAGAACGCGAACAGCAAUGAGUACCUGGAGAAGAUCAAGAUCUCGGUCAUCGAAAACCUGCGAAAGACAGCUCCUGUACCUUCGGUCCAAAUGCAGGAUAUCCCAAGAGCCAGCAUGGGCAUGACAGACGAGGAGGAGGCGGAGCUCGACGAUCUUGACCAGGACGAGAACCCCGACGUCCGUGUCACACAGAGGCAGUGGGAGAAGAGCGUGGCGAGGCAGGACGAGUUUGAAGACAGCGACGACGAAGAGCUGGCACAUGCCAACGGAGUCUCGGCAACAGCGAAGCGACGACCUUCCAUCAUGAACCACAAGAACCCACAUGCACAGGCCGACUUUGACCCGGAGCUAGGCAAGGUAGCGCCAGCCCCGCACCGACGGGCCUCCAAGGGACGCACACGCGACGAGGACGACACGGUCAUGGAGGACGCAGAAGCCAUGGACGUCGCCAAUGUUGAGGAGGCGGCCAAGAAAAAGUCGGGAGGCGAUUCGGAGGCGCAACCCCCGGCUGAGACAGAGGAUGUAGAGAUGGUCGAUUCAACGGACGACAAGGCUCAACCCACCGAGCCCGCCCAGAAGGAGUCGGAAAAGGCCGCGGAGCAGGAUGCCGAGAUCAAGGAGGAGGCACCCGAGAAGACACCACCAUCCUCACCCAAGAAGAGCAACGGCGACAAACCUGCGCCGGCCGAUAGUGCAGCCGAUACCGCGGACGACGCAGCCGCAGCGAAAGGGGCUGCAGAAACUGACGCAGUGACCGAGAAGAAAGACGAAAAGGAAGCGGCCAAGGCAGACCCUAGCAAGGAUGACAAGGCUGAGAAGAAGACUGAGGCCACCGAGAGCGCCGACAAGGAGACCAAGGGGGAUAAGGCAGACAAAGGAGAGAAGGAGCCUUAG